UUGAGGACGUGCUCGUGAGUCUGCAGUUGAGGCACUGGACAGCACGGCUAUGCCCUAGUAUUCCACUAAGAGACCCCGAAGUCACCUCUUCCUCACCAGGAUAUGAAAAUUCAGAGGCAGUGAGAUACCUGGGCUCUGGUUCCAACUUCAUGGGUGUGAGAGGUCCCUACCCUCCUCAGUCCGUAAUGGUGCAGAGUAAGUCUCUCUGCGAUGGCCUCCAAGUUUACAAUCCUAAAUUUAGAGCAUGGAUGUUGAAGGUGACCAGUAAACCUGAAAACAGCAAGUCUGUCCCCAGUGUUAAACAAGACAAAACCAGACUGAGAGUGGUGAACCCCCGCCCCCCGACAUUUCUGCAGAACCUCUGUGGAUGCAGCCACUUGCUCCACGUGCUCACGGGAAGCUUUGUUUCUGCCACAUGACUGAAUUUCUACGAAUUUAGAUUAGAGUUUCAGCUUGCAGGUUCUGGCCAGCAGUCCCUUGGGAAGGUUUGGCUAGGGCAAACAGGUGCCCUCAUCCUUCCUCCCUCCCUUUCAUCUCACUCUGCUUGGUACAUGGAGCCAGAAUCUAAUCGAUGACUGUGAAGAGUCAGAAGGCGGGGCCUUGUGCUACAUAGCGUCCCCAGCAUCAGUGAGGCAACAGUCUCCAGCAUGUUCUCAGAGGUCACCCCAUCUGCCAGCCGCUACACAGGAGCUGGUGCCCACACAGGCAAACCACCAGGCCACAACACCCACCUCACCUCUAGCGCGUUUGGGGGACACAUACAGGUUACACCUGCUGACCUAGAGACCCCUUCUGAGACUCCUGGGGGGGAGCGCAGACAGGCAGGAAGCUGCUCUGCAGGGAAGCCAGUGGAACCAUGUCUGUGAGCAGUGGAACCAUGGGAGCAUCCCUGACCCAGGAGAUCCUCAGCUCCCUGGGCCUUGCCAACAAGACUGCAGCCUGGGGGACCCUGGGCACCCUUAGGACUUUCCUGAGCUUCAGUGUGGACAAGGAUGUACAGAAGUUGCUGAAGGCCAUUACAGGCCAAGGUGUGGCCCACAGCACCAUUGUGGAUGUACUGACCAAUCGGAGCAGAGAGCAAAGACAACUCAUUUCUCGAGCCUUCCAAGAGCGAACCAAACAGGAUCUAUUGAAGUCCUUGCAGGCAGCACUCUCUGGCAACCUGGAGAAAAUUGUGGUGGCUCUCCUACAGCCUGCAGCCCAAUUUGAUGCCCAGGAAUUGAGGACAGCCUUGAAGGCCUCAGGUUCCGCUAAGGAUGUGGCAUUGGAAAUCCUUGCCACCAGAGCAGCACCCAGACUGCAGGAGUGCCUGGCAGUAUAUAAGCAUGAUUUCCAGGUGGAGGCUCAGGAAGAUAUCAGGACUGAGACCAAUGGCAUCUUGCAAGACCUGCUUCUGGCCCUGAGCAAGGGGGGCCGUGAGAGAUAUUCUGGAGUCAUUGACUACAGCUUGGAAGAACGAGAUGUCCAGGUACUUCAGCAGACCGGAGGAUCCAGUAUGGCAGGUCAAUGGGUCCUGAUCUUUACACAACGCAGUCCUGAACACCUCAUCCGAGUGUUUGAUCAGUAUCGGAGAUGCACUGGGCAAGAAUUGGAGGAUGCUGUCCAGAACUGUUUCCAUGGAGAUGUUCAGCGGGCUCUGCUCAGCCUAGUGUCCAUAAUGAGAAACACAGCACUGUACUUUGCCAACAAACUUCACCAAGCCCUUCAGGAAACUGAGCCCAAUUUCCAAGUGCUGAUGCGGAUCCUUAUCUCCCGAAGCGAGACUGAUCUUCUAAGCAUUCGGGCUGAAUUCAAGAGGAAAUUUGGGAAGUCUCUGUAUUCUUCACUCCAGGACGCAAUGAGAGGGGAUUGUCACUCAGCACUACUGGCCCUGUGCAGAGCUGAAGACAUCUGAGACACUUCGGCCACACCUUGAUAUGACAUCCAAGAAUUUGAGAUUCCCAUAGGAACACCACAUACCCUAACUUCUUCUUGAGGCAGGACCUCUAAAUUUCUUUGAUAUCCCUGUAUUUCCCUCAUCUCCAAGUGAUGUCUUCUAUGUCAUUUUGGGGAGGAGUACUAGGAUGCCUUUGAUAGUGUCUGCCUUGCUCAUCAAUCCAUACCAUGGCUACAACAUCUCCAUGGUAGUGAACCUUUUGGAAAAUU